UUCACCGAUCUUGCGUCUGCAGAGUCGAUUCGUUUCGGGACUCGGUCAUUUUCACAGGUGUGUCAACUUUGAACUUGGCAAUUCAGGCACUUCUUACAACGCCAUUAAUUGAAGCACCUUUUUAGUCUUAAUUUAUUGCGUAAUGUAUGCUUUGCGAUAAAAACGUUAGUUACUUUGCACGGUAAUAUAUGUCAUUAAUGGAACAUAGAAAUAAUUACUCUUUGUUAUCUUCCGUCUCCAACGAUAGGGAUGCGACCUUUUGGGAAAUCGCAGUAACAAAAUAGUGACCAGCGAACAAUAAAUAUUCAGGGAAGAACGCGUGUAAAUGAGAGCCCGUUGGAGACUGGCUGAACAUCGGGCAGUGUGAAAAUCUCAAUUUAGUGCAUUUGUUCAUUUAGUGCAGUACAUCUGUAAUAUUUUCCGAAAAUGAGUGAUUCACAGACGUUUUCGAGAGUUGAAAUGAUUAGUUUAAUCGUCAGACUUUCACUUUUUACUGCAGUGACUUUUCUAAGCGUAAGGUGGAUGAUAAAUCAGCUGGAUCCUACCAGCAAGCACAAGAAAAAGGCCAAAAAGAAGGCUGAAGAACAAUUGAAACGCCUUGGUAUCACUCAAAGUAAACAUGCUGGCAUAUCUCAGCUCACAGAAUAUGAAAUGGUGAUUGCUGGACAUUUGGUGGAUCCCUCUGAAAUUCCUGUUUCGUGGUCGGACAUAGCUGGUUUAGAAGAUGUUAUUCAGGAACUCAGGGAAACUGUUAUUUUGCCAAUUAAGAGAAAAGAACUUUUUGCUGAUUCCCAACUUACUCAGCCUCCAAAAGGAGUUCUUUUACAUGGUCCCCCUGGAUGUGGUAAGACAUUGAUAGCAAAAGCAACUGCCAAAGAAGCUGGAACUCAUUUUAUCAAUUUAGAUGUGUCCAUCCUAACUGACAAGUGGUAUGGAGAAAGCCAGAAAUUAGCAGCAGCUGUAUUUACUUUAGCAGUUAAAUUGCAACCCUGUACUAUAUUCAUCGAUGAAAUAGAUUCCUUCCUGCGCAAUCGUAACUCUCAAGAUCAUGAAGCCACUGCAAUGAUGAAGGCCCAGUUCAUGUCUCUGUGGGAUGGCCUCAUCACAGACCCAAACUGUACUGUCAUUGUAAUGGGAGCUACAAAUAGACCACAGGACCUGGAUCGUGCCAUUCUUAGACGAAUGCCGGCUACCUUUCACAUUGGGAUGCCUAAUGUGCAUCAACGACGACAAAUUUUGCGCCUCAUCCUUGAACAUGAACCCACAUCAGACGAAGUAGACUUGAAUCGUUUAGCGAGAUUGACAGAAAAUUUCUCGGGCUCAGAUCUCCGUGAAAUGUGUCGAAAUGCAUCAGUGUACAGAGUAAGAGACUAUGUGAGGGAGACGGGACAAAAAGAGCCUGAAAUUGCAAGUUCAUCCAAUGGAAUUGAUGGUGAAGAAGUGUUCCAUGAUGCCUUGCGACCCAUUACAAUGGACGACCUUUUGAUGUCGUUGAAUAAAAUGAAGGAAUCAAAACUCCAUUGUGGUGUUCUACCCAUUCCAACUCUUGAAAUAAAGUCGAAACUCAGUAACAUUAAAUCUGAAAAUUUUUCUGCUUCUGCUACUCCACUCCAUGUUUGUGUGGAGGAACAAAGAGGACCAGAAUUGGGUUCAUCUUCUAAAGACGCCUGCCAAUACUCAAGAAUGGCAAAUACAAUAUCAAACAUGAAGAUGACCAAUCCAAUCAAAAAUCUUGUUAGCAAACGAAGGAAGAGAUAUACACAAGAUGGAUUCAAUCUUGACCUAACCUCCAUGGGUUUCCCUGCUGAAAAACUGGAAGGUGUCUAUAGAAAUCACAUAGAUGAUGUCUUUAAGUUUCUAGAAUCUAAACACAAAGACCAUUAUAAAAUUUACAACUUGUGUUCAGAACGUUCAUAUGAUUCUAGCAAGUUUCAUCAAAGAGUGGCAAUAUAUGCUUUUGAUGAUCAUAAUCCUCCAAAGAUGGAACUUAUCAAGCCAUUUUGUGCAGAUGUUCAUGAGUGGUUGUCGAAAGACCAAAGGAAUGGUCGUACGGGGGUGAUGGUGUGUUGUUACCUACUGCACAGUCGACAAUACACUGGAGCCAAUGAUGCUCUGAACUACUAUGCCAAACAAAGAACGCAUGAUAGGAAAGGAGUAACAAUUCCUAGCCAGAAGCGGUACGUAGGUUAUUAUGCCACAUUAGUACAAGAACAGUUGUCUUACCAUCCGGUAAGCCUUUUUAUUCGGGAGAUACGACUUGAACCAUUACCGACUGUAAAUGGAACUCAAGGACUCCAGCUUGUGAUCUCAGAGUGCAGCAACAAGGUGUACUCCUCCCCUGUGUAUAUGCCAGAGAAGGGAGCGAACUCCCUUUGCAUCCGCUUGGACCAGUACCUGACGUUGCAGGGAGAUGUGAAAGUAGAGUUUUUCAGCAAGCCAAAAAUGAAAAGAAAGGAGAAGCUGUUCCAUUUUUGGUUCAAUACAUUCUUUGUAAGAGAUGAGGUGACAGUACCUGACUCUGCCUCCGCAGUGAAUGGCAACGAAGAUGGAGAAUUGGUUCCUCCUCCUGACCGCUCGAGUAGGGCAAUGAGUUAUGAUGAACAGGCGCGCAUGCCUCAAGUUGUUUCUCGCCAUCCCAGGACAGGAUCCUUAGCAUCUCUUAAUAGUGACUCAAAGAUGCUUCUUCUGAGGUUAGACAAAUGGGGCUUGGAUGAUGCCCAUAAGGACAAACAAAAUAAACUGUACAGUGAAGACUUCAAGGUGAGUUUGUUUAUGCUCCGAGUGCCAGUUGGCCUGGACGAAGGCCCUCCAACAGAGCCAUCGUGGCUGGCAACUGGGCCUCGCCCCUCUGCGCCUCCACCUGGCUUUCGGGAGACCCCCAGCGAGUCUUCAGAGGCUGACUCCACGGACUCUGACACCACAGCAGAGGAUGAAGAAGAUGAGGAGGACGGGUGGGAAUCCGUUGUUUCAAACUAUGUUUCUGUUGUCCAGCGUUAUCAGUAUUUCCUUAACAAAAAAGAAAAAAAAGAAAAAGAAAAAAAAGUAGACCUCUUCCAGUGUCAAUUUAAUGGUGUUUUGCUCUGCAAGUAUUUUGAGAGUGGAAUGAGCUUUUCUUUUAAUUUUCCCUUUAGCAAAUAUGGAAUGUGUGGAAAAUAUUAUAAUCAUUUUUUAGAUAACUUUGGGAGGAUGGAGGAUCAAGGAAAGUCCUCUCAGAAAUUAAAUGAGUUCACAAUUAAGCAUCUUCACUGUUUUGCUUCGAAUUUAUUUCCAAUCUAUCAGAAUUUGUCUUUUACAUUUAAUUUCAUUAAAAUGCACAUUAUGCGAAUUGAAUUGAAUGAUGUUUCAGGAAAAUGCCUCGAAGCCUGUGUAGUGAGUAGAAACAGUACUUACAAUGUAGUGGAUUCUGAUUUUUAG